AUGCUCAGUUUGGUGUGUAUUGCUAGAGAGAGGUGUGUUUUUUUCUUGGGAGGGAACAUGUGGUCAGCACAGGGCCAAUUAGCACUGUCCAGACAGAGGGUCAGGGGUUUCACAUCCUCCUAGAGCAGAAAGAAAACUCCUCCUACAAGCUUUAACCAGUGCUCUGCUGAAUGCUCAUCUGAAGUCAUAAGACUGCUCUAACUGCUGAUGAGAAAAGGUAUUUAUCAGUUUAUAUUUACUAAAAUAAUUGCACUUCCAUGUUCUGUGUACUGUGGGAGACCAGAUAUAGUGAAUGCAGGGUCCGGGG